UGAUUGCCCACGUGGGAGCGCGCACGCGCCACUCACUCCAGUGGGGGCCCCUUAAGGAGCGCACGCACAUCCUGCUUCUGCCCCCGUCCCCGCUAGUCCGGGCCCAAGAGAGAAAGCUGUCGCGCGUGCUUCCCGAUGGGCCCUACUUCUGCAGCCGCCGAGAUGGCCGCCCGUCAGCUAGCCUUGCUUAGUGUCUCUAACAAGACAGGACUGUUGGACUUUGCCAAAAAUCUGAAUUCUCUUGGUUUGACGUUGGUGGCUUCUGGAGGAACCGCAAAAGCUCUUCGAGAUGCUGGUCUCACUGUUAGAGAUGUUUCUGAACUGACAGGAUUCCCAGAAAUGUUAGGAGGACGUGUGAAAACAUUGCAUCCUGCAGUACAUGCUGGAAUCUUGGCUCGUAACUCUCCAGAAGAUCAAGCUGACAUGACCAGACUUGAUUUCAGUCUUAUAAGAGUUGUUGUUUGUAAUCUAUAUCCCUUUGUGAAGACUGUGGCUUCUCCAGAUGUAACGAUAGAGGAAGCUGUUGAACAAAUUGAUAUUGGUGGAGUAACCUUACUUAGAGCUGCUGCAAAAAAUCAUUCUCGAGUGACAGUUGUAUGUGAACCAGGGGAUUAUGAAAUGGUUUCAACCGAAAUGCUCAAUUCCGAUACUAAAGAUACUACUAUGGAGACUAGAAGGCAGCUGGCAUUAAAGGCCUUUACUCAUACUGCUCAGUAUGAUCAAGCAAUAUCAGAUUAUUUCAGGAAGGAAUAUAGUAAAGGAAUAUCUCAGAUUCCUCUAAGAUAUGGAAUGAACCCUCAUCAAAGUCCUGCACAGUUAUAUACAGUAAAGUCCAAACUUCCUCUUACAGUUCUGAAUGGAUCCCCUGGGUUUAUAAACCUGUGUGAUGCCUUGAAUGCCUGGCAACUGGUGAAAGAACUCAGAGAAGCUCUCGGCAUUCCAGCAGCUACUUCCUUCAAGCACGUCAGUCCAGCAGGUGCUGCUGUUGGAAUACCACUCAGUGAGGAAGAGGCUAAAGUUUGCAUGGUUCAUGAUCUCUACAAGAGCCUUACUCCAUUGUCAACUGCAUAUGCAAGAGCAAGAGGAGCUGAUAGAAUGUCAUCAUUUGGCGAUUUUAUUGCUAUAUCUGAUGUUUGUGAUGUCACUACUGCUAAAAUCAUCUCCAGAGAGGUGUCUGAUGGCAUUAUUGCACCUGGAUAUGAAGAAGAAGCCUUGAAAAUCCUCUCCAAAAAGAAAAAUGGGAAUUAUUGUGUACUUCAGAUGGACCCUGGUUACAAACCGGAUGAGGAUGAAAUUCGAACUCUUUUUGGAUUACAUCUAAGUCAGAAGAGGAAUAAUGGUGUAAUUGACAAGUCAUUAUUUAGCAAUAUUGUUACAAAGCAUAAAGAUUUGCCUGAGUCUGCUGUCAGGGACCUCAUUGUAGCUACAGUUGCUGUCAAGUACACUCAGUCCAAUUCAGUGUGCUAUGCUAAGAAUGGUCAGGUAAUUGGUAUUGGAGCAGGUCAGCAAUCUCGAAUACAUUGUACUCGGCUUGCAGGAGAAAAGGCAAAUAAUUGGUGGCUUAGACAUCACCCUCAAGUUCUUUCAAUGAAAUUUAAAGCUGGAAUAAAGAGAGCAGAAAUCUCUAAUGCUAUUGAUCAAUAUGUGACUGGCACCAUUGGUGAGGAUGAUGAUUUGGCCAAAUGGGAAGCGAUGUUUGAGGAAGUACCUAAACUUUUAACUGAGGUAGAAAAGAAGGAAUGGAUUGCUUCAUUAAAGCAAGUGUGUCUCAGCUCCGAUGCCUUUUUCCCUUUUAGGGAUAAUGUAGACAGGGCUAAGAGGAGUGGUGUAGAGUUUAUUGUGGCUCCCUCGGGUUCAGCUGCUGACCAGAUUGUGAUUGAGGCCUGUGAUGAGCUUGGAAUAACACUCAUUCAUACAAAUCUUCGACUAUUUCAUCAUUGAUUCUGAUGCAUACUUUUAUGUAUUAUUUGCAAAAUUUUGCAAUCGUGAAUUAUUGUGGACACUCAUGAUAGUCAUGAAAAAUUUUAAUGGAUAUCUUUUAAAAACAUUUUAAUGCUGUAUCAUUUUGGGGGUUUUGAAGUUUUGAAAAAUUAUAGUAAGAAUGCAUUAUCAAAGAAAUUAAAUCAUGGGAGUAAGUUUCAUAUUUUAAAUUUCAUCUUUGAGGACUGAGCUGCUGCUGUAUGUGAUCUCUAUUGUAUAUGUUCAUGUAAAAAUAUAAUACAUUUCAGCUGUUUGGAAAGCCAUCUAUGUAUACUUAUUUGAACACAGUUAAGAAGUAAGCAAAAAAGUACUGAGUAGCAAAAGGACAUGCUACAAAUUCUGUAUUUUCCCCUCAGGCACUUACUCAAAUUUUAUUUAAUCUUUAUUUUAUAUCCAAAUAGAUUACAUGUUUGUGUUUUCAGACACUAACAGAUCUAACAGAUGUAGUCAUUUGAUUUUUAAGGUCCCAGGAAAUUUGAAAAAGCAAAUUAGAAUCAACUGUACCAGAAGUAAACUUACCCUCCCAUUCAGAUGAAAAGAUUGCCAUUUUGGUGGCCUGUCUGUUGAGAUAGUUAUAUCUCCUUGUAUUCCUUUCUCACUCUCCCCCUGUCCUUUUUUAAAGGCAAAGAAAAAAAUGUCACCUAAACUUGCCAUUUGAUAGGGCGUCAAUCACCUAGAGUGAUUGUAUAUUCACUCCAAAAUAAAGUGUGAAAGCAGUAAUAACUAAAGAGUGAUAUGUUAAUUAGGUAAGUAGAGAAAAAAAUGGGCCUCAUUAGGCAGUCCCAGUGCUGCUUCAGACUCAAGUUGACCUUCCUUUGUGAUAGUUUUCAUCUAGAUAUCUUGAGUAAACAUUUUUGGGCUCUCUGAAUAGACUUUCUAUAAAGAUAUCUGCAAAUGGAUGAUAACAAUAAGAUGUUUUUGUUUCUGUGUUUUUUAAGACUUGGACACAUUUCUUAUUGGCAUAUAUAUAUAUAAAUACUUUGCUUAGAGUACAGGCAAAAAGAAGACAACUUGAGAUUUUCCACAAAAUUAGUAAUGAAAUUAACAAUAUUUUAGUUUUGUGUUUGUUUUUAAAUGUAGAGUUUUGAUUUUUCAUUGGUGUAGAAAACUCCCAUUGAAGAUGCUGCCGAUGUGGAAUGGCAAUUGUUCUGCCACUUAGUAUUAGAACGUUUCUGAGGUACUGAAAAGUCAAGUGACUUGACCAGGAUCAUGUAUGUGCCUAUUAUAUUAAGACUUGAAUCACCAUCUAUCACUUAGAAGCCUUCUCAAUAUCUGCUGUGCUGAGAUGUAUUUAAUAAAUGCUUUUUCAUGAUUUAUCCUUUAAAAAAAAUCUUAACUUUACCAGUAUGGAAACAAUGCUCAGGUUCUACUGAAGUUGAUAUCUUUUUUCAGAUUGAUUCAGCUCAUAUGUACCUUACAUUGGAUUAUCUUAGCACUCUAUAAACAUUUUCUUUUGAUUCAGCUCAAAUGUACCUUACUUUGAAUUAUCUUAGUACUAUCUAAACAUUUUUUUUUCCCUUGAGGCAGUUGGGGUUAAGUGACUUGUCCAAGGUCACACAGGAAAUGUUAAGUGUCUAAGAUCACAUUUGAACUCAGGGCUGGUGCUGUAUCCACUGCACCACCUAGGUGCCCCUCUGUAAACAUUUUCAACAGUUAAGCGUAUGAUCAGUCUUCAUUUUAUCUGUGAUAUGUUCAUAUUUCCAGUUUGUAAACAAUUUUAACAUUGAGAUUUGUGAAUGCCACAUAAAACAUUGGACUGAUCCUUGCAGCAAGAUUUUGGAUUUAACUUAAUAGAGAUAAAAUUUGACUUUAGUGGUCUCUAAUCAGUUCUGUUUUUACUUCUAUUAAGUGAGUAUGUGAAUUUUAUCAUAUUUGUUUUUUCACAUUUUAAAAUCUUGCUUUUAUAAUUCCCAUACUCCUGUGAUUCCUUUCAAUUUUUAAAAAAAAAUUUUUGUGAACUUUGAAUUAAAUGCUUUUGUUACUUAGGCUAUUUUUCUAGUGCAUGAAAGCUUGAUUCUACUUCUUUGAGACACCAUUCUUCACAAUUUGAUGUGGACUCAGUAGUCCUAAUUUUCAUUUAUCUUUUUAGGCCCUUUGAACUGCUUUUCUUUAGCCACUCUUUAGACUCAUUGUUAAAACUUAACCUUUGUGAUUAUAGUUGUUUCAUCUCUUUAGCGUUUCUCCUAGGUGAUAGGAAAAUAAGACAAUUCAUUUUAGUCAGUUUUACAACACUUAAAAGAUCUUUCAUUGUUGUAAAGUACCCAUACUUUAGGAAUAUGAACACCAAAAAAAGUAUAAAUGUCAUACAGAUCAAUCAGCAUUUCUUAGUGAAAAACACCCUUUUAUGUGCUAGUUAUUUUGUUAGUCACCAGGAAUACAAAUAUAUUUUAGAAGUUUGUUGUUCUCAAGGGGGUCACAUUCACUAGAGGGCUGGGGAAGAGUAUCCACGUGUAUUUGAUUGAAAUAACUAUGAGAUGCAUGACUACAAAGAAAGAAUGGGGAAUAAAGAUCUAAAUAACCACGGAAAUUGGAAAGAUGAAAUUUGAAGGAGGUAAAAGGAAAUAUGAUAUAGGAAAUAGGCCAGGCCAGUUUGUGGAGGAUUUUAAUUAUCAAAAAGGAGUUUUUAAUAUUUAAUUUUUUCCAAUUAAUGAAAAAGUUUAAAACUUUUUUUAAACAAGUUCUCCCCUUCUAUCCCCAUCCCUUUAUUGAGGAGGCAAGUGAUUUGAUAGAGAUAAUACAUGUGCAAUCAUGUAAAACAUUUGCAUAAGUCAGGUGAAAGCAAAAAAUAUAUAUCUUUUGAUCUGCGUUCAGAGAUUUCUUUCUCUGGAGAUAGACUGCAUUUUUUGCUGUCUCUUGUAAUUGAUUUGGAUCAUUGUAUUGCUAAGAAUAGCUAAGUCAUUCAUAGUUGAUCGUUGUACAAUAUUGCUGUUGUGUACGAUGUACUGGUUUUGCUCACUUCACUUUAUAUCUGUUCUUGUCUUUUCUGAAAGCACACUGCUUGUCAUUUCUUGGAGCACAGGUAUAUUCCAUUAUCAUCAUAUUACUAUAUAAUGUGUUCAGUUAUUCCUCAAUUGAUGGCUAUCCCCUCAAUUUCCAGGGUUUUUUUGCUGCUGCAGAAAGAGCUACUGUAAAUAUUUUUGUACUUUCCCUUUUUCCUUGACUUCUUUGAGAUUGGACCUAGUGCAAAAUCCCCAAUUAAAUACCAAACUUGAAAUUCUAAAAAUAAAAGGAAAGAAUAAAGUAAAAAGACUAUUGAAUUAAUAAAUAAAA